GAAUUUACACAUGUCCAAACAACUUCUGUCAUUAACGUCGUCUGCUCAAACCAGCUUAAAAAUCCACAUGCAGUGAUGGAACCACCUCCUUCAACUUAAAAGCCUGCCUCCUCUCCACUCACUGCUGUUUCCAGAUCACAACGCUCUCAGGAUUGGUUCCUUCUUUUAAAGUCACCACGAUGUCUUCGAACUCCGUCAGAACUCCAGAAGAUGCCAGGGCCACGUUUCAGACAUGUAAAAGCACUGAUCCAAAAGAACGUGUCCAGUUCUACGACACCUGGGCAGAAACCUACGAGAAGGAUCACACCAUGAUGAACUACAGAGCUCCGAACCUGGCCGUGAAAUUCCUGUCUGACCACUUCCUGGGGAAUCCUGAGGAAGCUCAGGUUCUGGAUGUAGCCUGUGGGUCCGGAUGGGUCGCCAAACUGAUGUCUGAACUGGGCUUCAAACACUUUGUGGGAGUGGACGGCAGUAAAGGCAUGCUGGACCAAGCUGAAAAGAAUGGCCUCUAUCGGGACCUCAAACUGGCUGUUCUGGGACCAGAACCACUGCCUGCACAGAGCGGUUCAUUUGACGUGGUGAUAAUUGUUGGAGCUUUGCGUCACGGCUUUGUGCCCGUCAGCGUCAUCAGGGAGCUCUGCAACGCUGCCAAACCAGGAGGAUACGUCUGCAUGUCCAGAGUGGACCCGAAGUCAGAGUCCGGAGAAAAAUACAAAGCGUCUAUGGAGCGAGAGCUGCAGCUGAUGGAGGAGGAGGGUCUGUGGACUCAGGUGGACACAAGAGACAUGAAUAAAUACAUUUUAGACGUUUACAAUAACUAUAGUAAAGAGGAGGAGGAGCAGCAGUACCUGCAUGGAACCGUCUACCUGUACAAGAAGUCGCUUCAGUAGAAGCUUUGAAAGAGGUUUCAGGUUCGAAGGGAACGUGUAACCAGUCGUAUGAAAUAAACACAGAGUAGAAAUCA